AUGACGUUCCGCACCGAGAUGGACAACAGCUUUCUGCACAAUGAGUUCCACAAAUCAAAAUCCGACUUGCUCUUCUGGCAUAGACACCACUUUCCGACAACGGAAGGCGACCGCUCCUCGGUGCGCUCCUCUGAGGCGUCUGGAGGUGCGGCUGGAGGCCGAGGGUCCCCCGGAGAAGAGCUGAAAGAGCGGAAGCGGCUCGAGGAAAAGAUUGAGAACACCAAGCUCAAGAUCAGCAAGGUCAACUUGAGUUGUGAAGCCGACGUCGAGCAGUUCUUGGAGAUGUCCAGAGCGGCGGAGAUGUCACGGGGAAUCGCGAACCCCCAGAUGACCCGGCUAAAGCAGCACUUUGAGAAGAACAACAAAAAGAACGCACAGGAUUUGGAGUCGUUACAGAAAAAACUCGCUACCUAUGAACAUCGGCUGCAAGAGCUGGGCAACACUAGUGUCCUCGAGACCAGCUCUAGGUCUGGAAAUAUUGUUCAGGGCAUUAAGAAAACUGGCGCUACGGUACGCGACCUUACUGGCCAUGUGAUUGCCGCCCCGCUGAACAUGAUCAAGAAUCAAUUCGGGUCGGCGGAUAAUAUUAAUGAUGGAGAACCGUCCCACGCCGUCGGGCAGUCGGUGUUCUACGCAAAGUCGGACCACGCCCAACCCUCCACCUCGCAGACUCCAAACUCCAAAUCCUCAACCCUGCCUCCAGGCCUGAGAAUGCCAACAUCUCCCACGUCUUCCAAACCGCCGUCAAACUAUCAGACGCCCGAGUCGAGAUUUACUGCACGGAAAGGCGACUCGGACCGAGGGUCAAAUGACAGUCCAGUUGGGGAAGAUUUGGCACUUUUGCUGAAGGAAACGAUGGCCGAACUCCGGGAAGCCAAGGAGGCCAACGCCGAGUUGAUGCAGAAGUUCAACGAGCUGAACGACUUCGUGCAAAAAGAACUGAAAUUCUUCGACAAAUCGCAGCAGCAGGACAGCUUCCGGUAUCAAUCACUAGAGGGACAACUGAAUGAGACGAUAGAUUUGCAUCAGGCCGAGAUGAACUCACUUCGAUCGGAGAUGAACACGCUAACUGACCGCCUCGACUACCAGUACAACGACCGCUUCAAGAAGGUCGAGGAACGGGUGGAGAAUACGCAGAAUCAUGUGGCGAGAAUGGAGCACUCCUUCAAGCAGACGAUGAGUGAGCGACAGGAUCAAGCAGUCUGGGGUGGUCUUCUACUACACGGAGCAAACGUAUUGGUGGAGAUUCUGAAGUUAGUGCUGUUCGUCGUGGCAAGCACGCUCGACUUCUUCAAGCCGUUCGCUGGAACGAGAACCCGUACGGGUUUCCUCCUGCUCGGCAUCGUCGUCGCCCUCAUCGUCAUGCAAAACGUCGACAUCGUGGGGAUGAUCUUCAGAAAGAAACGGGGCCCUGUACUUGCCGCUGAAGUGGAGAACCUCACCGAU